CCAAAGAAAAAGUAGAUAUAGAAAUUGCCACUUUGGUUGAAGAUGCCCAACAUCAGGCAGAUGAGGAAGAGGGAGAGGAAGACCAAAAAAUGGACCCAAGAGGCAAUGGACCAGGCCAAGCAGGAGGUGGAAGCAGGCAGGCUCUCUCUACGGCAGGCAGCCAUGAGGUUUGGGGUCCCUAAGUCCAGCCUGAGUGACCGAGUCAGCGGAAGAGUGGCCUCCGAUUUUUCCAUCACCCAUGCAGACGAAGACUCCCUGGUGGAGUACUGUCUGUACUCUGCUCUGCAUGGGUUUCCGCUGACAAAGCCUCAGGUCCUGGCCCACGCUCUGGCCAUCUACAACCUCCGCCACCAGGAUGCGCAGAGGACCGCGCUUGGCCAGACGUGGUGGAUAAACUUCAGGGAACGGCAAAAAGAUCGCCUAACAUCCAGGACCCCAGACUUCAUUGACCAAGGGAGGGCAUCCUGUGCUAAGAGGGGGCCCAUAGAAGACUAUUUCCGGCUCCUCACCACCACCCUGGAGGAGCAUGUGCUGAGGGAGAAACCCCGUCAGAUUUAUAACUGUGACGAGACGGGGUUUCAGCUGGAAACCAACAGACGGCAAGUCAUCGUGCCCCGGGGGACCAAGCAUGCAUACAGGCAGGCCCAGGGAACAAGGGAGCACAUCACCGUCCUGGCCUGCCUGAACGCGGUUGGGAGGAUAUCCCCCAUUUAUCAUCUACAAGGGGGAUAUCCAGGGGCCCCUACAAUAAAGUAG